AUGGACGACACUACACCUACCGUUCAGGCCGGACUGGGCGACACCAACGGCGUUGACCCGGCAGAGGCGGCCCGCUCUUCCAGAAAGGAGAACAGAGUCUACGUGGGCAACCUCAGCUACGAUGUCAGGAGCAGUCACCUCAAGGAUUUCAUGCAGGGUGGUGCGUUGGGCUGUGGAUUGGGCUAGGGGUUUCUUUUCGUUUUGAGGUGUAGAGCAGAGCGUAGCGGAUCGCAGCGCAGUAGAGUGCAAUUCGGAAGUGGUUGGAAAGUUUGAUGGGGAGAUGUGCAGUGCCGUCUCCUUGCCGCUUCAUGCGCAUGGCAGCUGUUCGAUGCUCGUCACAGCUUUCACUCGCUGUCCGUAGGAUGCGGCACCGUGAGCGAUCCACAAUACGCUGGCUCCUGCGGUUCAAGAUACCGCUUUCUCCCCAUCCCCCCUCUACGGCUCCAGCAAAUCCCAUAGAGUCGCUGCUUGCUCUGUUGGACACUUCUAUCAUUCAGCGGCCGAUAUGGCCACAAAUUUUCGCAUCUCACACGGAUGGCCUCAAGCCAGCAACGCUCGUCACCUAGCUAGCCUCAAGUGAUCACUUGGCCAACGGGCAGUACAGGAGAAACAGGGACGGGAAUUGCGUAGACGUGUAGUGGCUGCCACCUGCGUUUUGUGGGAUGAGCGGACACCCUUCCAGGCAUCGUGGGUGCAAAGUGUCCCAUCCCUAGGUAAGCUUUCCCACCCCUCCUCGAGACGUGCAUGCUGGAUGGCUUAACGGGGAGUGCUCAAUUGGCUCGAUUCCCGAAGUCGCUGCCCGGGAUGGUGAAUGGUGCUAUCACAGCGUGCAUGCUGGAUGGCUUAACGGGGAGUGGUCAAUUGGCUCGAUUCCCGAAGUCGCUGCCCGGGAUGGUGAAUGGUGCUAUCACAGCAUUUGGAAGUGCGCGUCUCGCUGGCUGUGGCAAAUGAUUUAUAGAUAGAGCACUGUAGUGGGCGCGCAGUUUAUGAGGCUGCGCCAACAGUCCCCAAGGUGCCAUUUUCAAUCCCGUCGUGCGAGAAAGGAAAGCUGACUCGGGAGACGUCCCCGGACUAUUUUCACGUUCAGCUGGAAGCGUUGUCUUCACUGAAGUCCUCACUCUGCCAAGCGGUCAAAGCAAGGGAUGCGGGUAAGUGUGACCAUGCCAAGGUGCGCGCUGGAACACGACCUCACGCUCGAAGCACCUCGAACAUAGCAUCGUCGAAUUUUCCACUGCCGACGAGGCUCAGCGCGCGAUCAAAGAGCUCAGCGAUACACCCCUGAUGGGACGUCAAGUCUUCGUCCGCGAGGUGAGUUCGCCGAGAGCAAGGCGCAGCAGUGUCAUGGUGCUCAAUUGGGCCCAACUUCUUACUUGCAGGACCGCGAGAAUGAAGCGCGCUAUGGCGCACCCCCAGCACAAGGCCGAGGCGGUUUCGGUGGCCGGGGCGGUCGCGGCGGCUUCGGUGGCGGCUUUGGUGGCCGGGGCGGGUAUGGGGGCGGUUUUGCUGGCGGCUACGGCGGUGGCUACGGUGGCCCACCCGCUGCUGGUGCUCCUGGCGCCCAGCUCUACAUUGGGAACGUGAGUCUUGUGCGAGGUGAUCUGUGACGUUCGUUGCUGAGUGAGCUACUCCUGGUUUGCGCCUGCACUCCAGCUGCCGUUCCAGGCUGGUUGGCAGGAGCUCAAGGACCUUUUCCGCUCUGCUGGAAACGUCGUCCGAGCCGAUAUCAACCUAGGCUUUGACGGCCGACCAAAGGGCAGCGGUAUUGUCGUCUUCGCCACUCCAGACGACGCUCAAAACGCGAUCAACAUGUACAAUGGCUUUGACUGGAAUGGAAGACAGAUCGAAGUUCGCGAGGAUCGCUACGCCGGCGGAGGAGGCGGUGGAUUUGGGGGAGGCUACGGUGGGGGCUACGGAGGAGGAUACGGAGGAGGCUACGGUGGAAAUUACGGCGGAGGAUACGGUGGAGGAGGGUAUGGCGGAGGCUUUGGCGGUCGCGGAGGCUUUGGCGGCCCUCGAGGUGGCUUCGGCGGCGCCCGAGGCGGCUUUGCUGGUGGCCGUGGUGGCUUCGGCGGCGGAUACGGCGGUGAGCCUCGUGCGCCCUUGCCGCCCGCAGAGCCAAGCCAGCAGAUUUUUGUGAAGAACGUAAGUUUCGUCGCUUGAGCAUUGCCUCGACUUUGAGCACGCGUUGGCUGAAUCACCUCUCUUCCUACCUCUCAAACUACAGCUGCCGUGGUCCACCUCAAAUGAAGAUCUCGUCGAGCUUUUCCAGACUACGGGUAAGGUCGACGAAGCUGAGAUCCUGUUCGAGGGCGGACGCUCCAAGGGUGUCGGUGUGGUGCAAUUCGCAACCGUCGGAGAGGCAGAGACUGCCAUUGCCAAGUUCAACAGCUACGUCUACGGAGGCCGCAGCCUAGAGAUCGAAUUCAACCGCUCUUGGCGCGACUUUGCCUCUCUGCGCUCCAGCGGGGAUGCUCAAAUGUCCUGAGCUCGCAUCGUUUAGCCCAUCGCAGCUUGGCGCUAG